AUGGACUACAGAUCAAUUGAGUCUUCUGAAUCCUCAAGAAACAAAUGUGCUGCAUGCUAUAGACAAUUUAACAGAAAGGAACAUUUGGUGGAUCACAUGAGAACCUCCUUUCACUCUGUUCAUGAACCUAUGUGUGGUGUUUGUAAAAAGCGUUGCCGAUCCUUCGAAUCAUUAAGAGAACAUCUUAUUGGACCAUUACCAAAGGUGGAAUGCGCAAAGAUAUUUAGUAGUCGAGGAUGCAACAUAUGCUUGACCAUUUUAGAUAGCCCUUACACCCUCAGAAUGCAUCGAGGAGCAUGUCAACUCUCUCGACCAAAUGCACUAAUUUCUAGCAUGGCAAACUUGAAAAUGUGUGACAAUAUGAAGAUCGAUUAUGGUCGAGAAAGAAGUCCUAACGUAGUUGCGCUUGCAUGCAAAAUGGUAGGAGGUGGUAAUGACGGAACACUUGAUAUUUGUGCAAGGGUUUGCCUAACUGAUGAAUAUGAUAACAUUUUGUUUCAAACAUAUGUCAAGCCUCAUAUUCCAGUGACUAACUAUAGAUUUGAAACCACGGGUAUCAGACCGGAUUACUUGAGGGAUGCAAUGCCAUUGAAGCAGGUUCAAAGAAAAAUUCAAGAUUUCUUAUGCAAUGGAGAGCCGGUGUGGAAAAUUCGAUCAAGAGGAGGAAAGGCUAGGGUUCUUGUUGGCCAUGGACUAGAUCAUGACCUUGAGUGCCUAGGAAUGGAAUAUCCCGCAUUGAUGCUUAGGGAUACCUCAAAAUAUCCUCCUUUGAUGAAAACAAGCAAGCUCAGCAACUCACUUAGAUAUCUAACACAAGCAUAUUUAGGUUACGAAAUCCAGAUUGGUGUCCAAGAUCCUUAUGAAGAUUGUGUUGCUACAAUGAAACUCUACAUGAGAAUGAGGUCUCAAAAUCAUAAGGCAGAAUAUUAUCCAUUAGCCAGUGACCCACAAAAUCGCAACAACUUUGCUCAAUGGAGGGAAGCUGAACUUGAGAAAAUGACUCCAGAUGAACUAUUAGCAAUAUCAAGGUCCGAUUACUAUUGCUGGUGCUUAGACUUGAAGGGAUAUAUGUGA